AUGGCCUUCCGCGUCUCGCCCAACGUGGACCUCCUCCUCCUCCUCUCCCUCAUGGCCGUCGCUCACUGCGUCCCCGUCCAAGCCGAGCUCGCCACCACCGCCUCCGCAGCCGUGGCCGCGGCCGAGGUGGACGCGAUUCCGGAAGGGGAGGGACUCACCCUCCCCCUGCCUUACAGAGAGGAAAACGUCGUCUCCGAUGCGGUGUCCGGUGAGGAAGAGGUACCCGGGGAGGAGGAGGUGGUGGUGGAGCCCGUCGCGGAGCCGGACCCCGAUCGGUCGCGCCCGGACAGCGACGGCGAGGAGGAGCUGGCCACUGAAGGACAACAGGAUGACGAAAAGAUGAAGGAGCAGAUCGACGACGAUGAGGACGAAGACGAGGAGGAGGAGGAGAAGAAGACAAGGAAGAAUCACGGCGGCGACAAGGAGGAGAAGAAGAAAAGAAAGAAGCACCACGACUGCGACGGCAAGGAAAAAAAGAAGACGAAGCGCCACCAAAGCAACGACGAGGAGGAAGAGGAGGAGAAGAUGAAGAAGAAGAUCCACCGUCACCACCACGUUGAGAGGAGGAAGACGAAGAAGCUGACACAUAACAAGAACGACGACAGCGACGACGAAGACGAGAAGGAGAAGAAGGAGAAGCGGUGGAGGAAGGCCAUCAGCAGGAGCAUGUUCGGCCACGGCCGCCGCUCCCAGCGCGAGGAGGCCGCCAAGGACGAGGUGAAUAACUAG